AUGACUCGAAAGCUCAAUUUCUGCCUGUCGACCUACUCGGUCCUCAUACUUCUCGCCUUCUCCACACAAGCGUUCGCCGCCAACCAAGCGAAAACGAAAGCCGCGGUGCCAUCAACAACGAUUGCCGCGAAUAACUCCUCCAAUUCCACAGAGGUUUGUAUCACAUCACAUCACUGUCUUCGUAAUAUUUGAGAGUUUUGACCGCGCCGCAAAGCGCACACUUAUUUGUUUGCGCAAGCAGCUCUACUAGAACCUGAAGCGCGGCAAACGCACCAAAAUAUUUGCAUUAUUCAAACAGAUAUAAUGGGGAAUAAUAAUAAUAAUAUUCUAUAUAUAAUAAUAAUAAUAAUAAUGUAUCAUUUUUUGCAGCAAGUUGAAGGAAGCGCAAACAUUCCAGGCAGGUUAGCUGAUAUUGAAGUGAAUGGAUCGGGCUACCCGACAGAUGACGAGGAUGGCGACGACGUUCAUGGAUCAGGUAGGUACCAUCUGUUUUGAGAAAUGAAAUCCGGUUAGGAAUAUAAGUGCUUGUCCUUGUUGUCGUCCAGAUGCAAAUGAGAUUGUUAGGACCCGAAAACGUGCUAAUUUGUUCCAACUGUUCAGGGCUAGUCAAAAACAAUUGGCAAUUUCUCAAUUCCAAUUCCAAUUCCAAUUCUUUUUCAGGAAAGCCGCCAACACAGCCGGUGACAUCGAAAUCGAAGCAAACGCCGGCCAGCAAUGUUGUUGUGACUGCGAAGCCGACGACAAUGCUGCCUACUACAGCGGUUCGUCGGCAUCUUUUGAUGUUCCCAAACCUCAAUCCUUCAUUCUUCAGAGCUUCAAACCUCCUGUUCAGCCUAAGCCAAAGCCAGCGGCGAACGACAAGGAGAUCAAGGUGGAUGAUGACGAUGAGGACGACGACGAUGAGGAUGAAGACGACGAUGAUGAGGAUGAGGACGACUUUGCUGAUGAGAACAUCCACAACGACGACGAGUUCUUCACCACCAGCACGACGACUCAUCGCCCGAUCAGCAUUUUCACCACGUAUGUUCUGUUCAUUCAAUUACUUUCCCCAUUUUUCACCCGAAACGUUCGUUAAUCAUGAAAUGCCAUCUUCCAGAACGACACCUCCAAGGUCACACGUGGCACAUUCGACGAAUCCGCCGCGCCAGCAGCCUCCUCCUCCGGUCACCUCGACCAUCUCCACUGGCCCGUUCUCGCCAUUCCAUGAGACCAUGACUAAUGGCUUCUACGCAGGUAUGUGGAUGAACCCAUUUUCAUUAAUUUUGCGAGAGCUCUUGUCACUAACUGAUGAGGGGAAACAUCAACAGCAGCUGCAAAUAUUUGAAAUAUACAUAAAUCGCCCCCCCCCCCUUUCGUCGCCGGUGAAGACGAGCGAAUGAUUUGUUGUGAUGAUAAAUUGAUGUCUCAUUAAUCGAUAGUGAAUGAGCGGACGGCCGGCCGGGGUGGCGAGAUAUAUAAAUGACAGAACAUUCCGGGCAAGAAUGAGACUUGCAUAAAAGUAUGCAUACUUUGGCACCGUGCCCUCCUGCCUUUCGUCGACCAGUCGAUCAAUCAAUGUGUACGGGGCCUGAGAUGUGCGAGUUUGUUGUCGAGCUGUUUCUUAAUGACAGAUGGCGUGGCCUCUCUCUCUCCUUCUUUUUCUCCUUCUCCUUGUCGCGAUAGCAUGAAGGGACCCUCGUAUGAAUGAUGCACAUACGCUUCCCCAUGUGUCUAAUUAUUCUGGAUGCGGAGAGGGGCUCUUCUCGUACACAUGAAGGAACCAACAAGUAUGAAUGACACGCCAGAAAUCGUAUUAUGAUGGAGCCGGGCCGCGGAGAUGGAUGAGUGUCUCACUGAAUGUGAAUGGCACGCUUUUUUUUAGCGAGGGGAGAGGCAAUGUUUGGUUUUCCAAUCCAAGAAUGUAAACUUUCUGGUCAGGCAGCUAAGCCGUUUUAUCGCUGACGUCGUCUCCCCUAGAAGGGACACAAAGAUGAAACGCGAGUCGCAUUGUCGUUUUGACGUUUCAAAACUUGCGCUUAUCAAAAUUCGGACGGACGGACGGAAGACAGCAUCCUAUUCUCUUGAGAAUGACCGAGGAGGCCGGAAGAAGAGAAAGACGGAAGCGAGGUCAAGGGUCGGGCCGGCGUUUGUGCAUAUUUGAUUUUAUGACAUUGAGUGGGGGGCGCAGGAGGAAGUGUGGAAGUGUCCUGCCUGAAGAAAGGGAAUUUCGGUUUGAAUCAUUACUUUUGAAUUGGACACAAACAAUGUGUUUCUUUUGUUUCCGAAAACCUAAUUAGUGCGAAGGGAGAACGCUUCCUUUCGCCGUUCCCAUCAGAAACACCUGCCAAAACAUAAACAUUUUUCAGCGAUCGCCGGAGGUGUCCUUGUCGCCGUCAUCACCGCCAUCCUACUCGUUCUUUUCGUCGUGUUCCGGAUUCGGAAAAAGGACGAGGGAUCGUACGCGCUGGAUGAACCGAAACAGGCGAGGCCGUACGCCACGUAUGCCUACACCAAAGCAUCGACAAAGGAGUUUUACGCGUAA